UCGUGAGUUUUAUUCUCGUGGUGCACUAGGCAGCCACCUUCGUAUACAUAAAACAGCUGAAGACGUCACCCCAAACGGAGAAACUUAUGAAUAUGCUGAUGAAGAAAUCAACACCGACUUGUCUGAAGUGGUCCAGGUGAGUGAAUAUCAUGAUCAGAACAAAGAAAGCACAAUUGAGGUGAUAGAUGAAAUAGAUGUAGAAGAUUUAAGCCAAGCAGAGACUGAUAACAUGGAAGUUGAAUACCAUCCAAUGUCAUAUGAUGUACUUGCAUACAUGGAAGAUUAUUGGGGACAUAAUUUUCAGCAAAAAGUCAAUAUCAAUGAAAAAGACAUGAUCAAAAUAUCAGAAAUUUACCAGCAAUUCCUGGACAUUAUCAUAAAUCAUCAAUUAUCAGACAAAGCUGGUGAUGCUGUGCUGGCUUUAUUAAAGCAUUGUGGUGUGCAAGAUAUUCCCUGUUCAACUCGUCAAGCUCGAAAAUUUAUUGAAAAAAAGAUGUCUCAGACUGUGCACUACAAUGAACGAGUAGUCUAUAAUUACAAUGAUAGGGCUUACAUCUUUCAUUACCAGAGGAUUUUCCAUUGCAUAAAUCAACUUCUACGAAAUAAAAGUUUAGUUGAUGCUUGUGUAUUUGAUUAUAGAGAAACUCGACAAGAUGGUGAACGUGUAUAUGCAGAACAGUUUGAGUCAGACUGGUGGUGUGAUACAGAGAAAACAUUGUCUUAUAAUCGGAAACUUCUCUCUGUAAUACUGUAUUCAGAUGCAACAACCUGUGAUCGGCUUGGUAAGACAAAAAUGCAUCCUAUCUAUAUGAGUUUAGGGAAUAUACCACAUGCUCGUAGACAAAACAAAGACGCUAAAUGCCUUGUUGGGUAUAUCCCUAUUGUUGAAGAUUUGCCAUCAGAUGAAAUAUAUUCAUCACACAAUGCGACCGCUGCCCGACUUCGUGCAGCUACAAUAGAUUGCUUUCAUUCAUGUAUGACUGUCAUUCUCGAAGAAUUUGAGGACAAUUACAGAAAUGGUAUAACAUUAAGACAAACUUCCAUCGAGGGUGAAUAUGAAAUGCGGUUAUCAGCCAUAAUUUCUGAUUGGCCGGAAGCAGCCUCUUAUACACUUGCAUACAAGUCAGCAAAUUCUCAUCAUCCUUGUCACACAUGCUUAGUAACUCGUGAUAAACUAAAUGCUAUCAGUCUUCAUUCCGAUGAAUGUCGUUUGCGUACCCCCAAUGAAAUGAAAAUGGCAUAUGAAAUGAGUCAGUGCCAUAAUUUUUCCUUAGUACAAAAAUACAAUAUUUUCUGGGAACACCAUAAAAAUAUUUAUUUGGCUUGUUUGCCAGAUAGAAUGCAUCAGCUGGACUUGGGUCUUUUCAAACGGAUGUUAGAACUAACGCUGGUUGUAAUCCGCAAUGGCUUGGGUGAAUCUGGUGUGAACAUUAUUAAUAAACGCUUGCCUGAAAUACCCCGGUUCAGAGGUCUAAAGGUAUUCAGGAAGGGGCUGAAGGUCGCAAAUAUUACAGCAAAAGAAUACCGUGAUCUUAUGAAAGUAAUGCCAUUCAUACUUGAAGGUAUCGGUGAUGGGACUCUUGCUCAGGUAUAUGUUGAGUUUAACGAGAUGUACUUUUUAUCGAGACAAUCAUCUUUCACUGAAGACGAUUUGAAAGCAUUUCAGGAUGCCAAUGUGAAGUGGGCACAGCGGUUUUUGGAAUUAUUCAUCUCACAUUCACCAUCAAGUCUACAGUUACCAAAACUACACUGUUGGCUGCAUCACACUGUGCAGGCGAUACGAUUGUAUGGUGCAUUGGAUGGUUACUCUUCAGAAACUUAUGAAAGUUUUCACCGGGAAUGUGUGAAAAAUCCCUAUCGUAAAUCAAACAAACGCCAGAUAGAAUCUCAAAUGCUUUCCACUGUUAAAGCUAAUGUAUUCGCUCAAGAAUUCAUCUACAGAAAAGCUCAGAAGAUACACAAUUCCGCCAUUAGGUGUAAAGACUCCAUUGCUGUAAUGUUAUUUAUGGAAUUGGAUGAAGUAUCUGCUGAUAUGGCCGAUGUGACUUCGAGAGAGCUUCAUUACGCAUUUUUACACAUAAAAUCACUGUUAGAAACACAUUUAAUGGAGUUGAACAUUUGUGCAGAUAAGAACGUCUGCCUUCAGUUUUUUGCGUCAGCGAAACUAAGCGAAGAAAAUAUUGUUAGAGUAAAUCCGAAUUUCUAUGGUCAACCGUGGUUUAGUGACGUUGAAAUAUUGAUGGAUAAUGAACAGGCACAAACCUAUCGUACAGAAGAUGGACACUGUUAUGGAAAGGCAUUGCUGGUUUUGUGGCUAACAUACUCUUCCAAUGGGAGUAAAGUUGCUGAAGAACUCGUGAUGAUUCAAUGGUAUGAUUAUGCCAUUUGUGCAAACAGAUAUAAGAACAGGGAUGAAAGAUAUAAAUUUAAUUGUCCUUAUAUGAAGUUAUUGGAUCAGUGUGGACUAAUACCUCUACAAUCAAUCACUCGAACAGUUCAUGUUGUUCCAAGCUUUAUUGAUAAUACCAAAUUCUAUAUAAAUCAGUUCGCAUGA